AUGAAUAAUAUCCCAAUAAAGAUGUCACUAGAUUUUUUUGUAUUUUGUUUUGGGCAGUCAGAGAAACUGUCGUCCCAAUUGCGAGGAGCUCUGGCAGCAGACUCGCCUGCAAUGGCGGCACGGUCUUCUCUCGAUCCAACAGGUUCUGUUCUCUCAUUGGACGAAUCAUCAGGAAUCUCAGAUCAUGAAGGUUUUUCAUCAGCAGAGCAGGAUAAUUUUUCGAACAGAAAGCCUGAGGAUCAAGCAAAAAACUCAUCAGAUUCAGAAGAAGAUGUAGAAGCAAAAAACCCACUACCAGACGUUCCACCAGGCUGCGGCCCUCCAACAAUUCCCCUUAAUGUUCUACUCGACUUUUCCAUCCAACAUGUAUAUCACGAAAUCACGGUUCUUGCUGAAUUGAUGCAACGAAAGACAAAUGAUCAAGGAGAACAAGAAAGGAAAAUGUCACUUGUGCAUUUCGCUCAUGCCACUAGAAGUCAGUUUUUAAAACUAGUAGCUCUAGUCAAAUGGAUACGAGUUUCAAAACGAAUGGAUGUCUGUUAUUCAAUCGACUAUCUUCUGGACCUUCAAUCUCAGUAUUUCAUCGACACAGCUGACCGAUUAGUAGCAAUGACGCGUGGCGAUCUGGAGCUGGCUCGUCUUCCAGAAUAUCACAUUGCACCAGCUAUAGAUGUUCUCGUACUUGGAACAUAUAAUCGCAUGCCUUCAAAAAUCAAAGAAGCCUUUAUUCCACCAGCAAAAAUCACACCUAGAGAGCAGAAACAGGUGUGUGCUCGACUGAAUCAGUUGAUUGAAACGCGAUUGUCUCGGCUGUCCAGUGGAAUCCCACCGAACUACAAGGAAAUUCAUGUGGCUAAUGGCAUCGCCACACUACUAGUUCCAGGAGAAUUCGAAAUCAAAAUCACACUACUCGGAGAGACUGAAAUGACCAAAUGGUCACUAUUGAAUAUCAAAAUCCUCGUAGAAGACUAUGAGCUUGGAAUGGGUCUUCCACUCGUUCACAAUCUCCAACUCAACCAAAUUCAUGGAGUGCUACAGUCUCGAAUGGAUGUAGCUGUGAAUCCAGUCAAAGAAGCGUUUUUCAAUUUGCAUAGUUUCUGUGUUUCUCUUCAGUUGGAUGUUCUUUACUGCCAAACUUCACGAAUGGCUGCCGGACGGUUACGGGAAAACAUUGUUAUCGAAAAGUACGAUCCUAAAGAACGGAUGCUGGUGGUUGGCUACUGGGUCAAACGGUCGAAAAAUAAGAGAUUGACAGUUGGACAAGUGAAGAUCGAUGCACAGUACAGAGUUCAAAUCUACGAAGAUAAAGAUGACAAAUUGGGUGGAUUGAAAGUUCGACACUUCCCACAUGCACCUCGACUCGGAACGAUUGAUUGUGCAUCUGGAAUGUUGUCAAUGGAUAGAAUGCUCUCAGAAACAUUUGCUGUGAGAUGUAGUGAACGUCUGAUGAGGCUGCGAAGGAUACUGGAAGCAGCAGAGCCACUGUUGGAAGUUAGAAUGACUGGUUCAAACGUUCCAACACUUUCUCUAUCUCUCCUGCCAGAUACUUCAUCCAACGAAGAAAUGUUGACCGUAUCGGUGAAUUCUUUCUGUGGAAAAGUUAUUUGCAACAUCAAUGUGCUUAAUAGCGAAAAUGACGACCUUGUUGCAUUUGCAAAAGCUCUCUACAGUAGUCGUUGUUCAGGACAGACGAUCAGAGACUAUUUGCAAAAGUUGCGAACUUCUCUUGUGAUAGAAAGAUAUAGACGAUCAGUGGCAGCGCUUCCAGUUCGAGAAAUAAAGGAAACUGAGCUGCUACCAUUCGUAAAGGUUAUGUUGAGAGAGGCGCCGAAACAAAGAAUAAUUCUUCAAUAUACUCGAUCUGAAAACUACUAUCUAAUCGUUGGAUUCAUUCCUGAAGGAGAGGAUGUUGUCACCACAAAACUGCAACUUUUGGAGUGUGAUGAUGAAAGAGCCCAGUUCAUUCCUCUGGAUAAUGAUACAGAAGUGUUCCAAACAGCAGUCGCCGAUGCCGUUGAACAAGGAACGAUGAGAUUCAAAAAUUGUGAUGAUAGAAUUUCACUACUAGAAGAGUGUUCAAGAGAACAGAGGCUGGCUUUCGCAAUUAUUACUGUAGAAGAUCGUAUAACCUAUAUGUACCUUGCUACUGAAUUGCAAAAGAAGGGAGUUGGGGUUGAGCUAAGGAGAGAUGAUGCUCAUGUUCCAGGAGGGCUGGCGUUGCAUAUUACAAAUGUCAAAACUGUGGUUCCAUUUGACGCUGCUGAAUUCUUCAAAUGCUGUGUUCGAAGCUGUCUUCGUCUUGAUAACCGGACUCGUCACACGUUCCAAUUUGAAAUGUGCUUUGAAAAUAUUCCAUUGGUUCGAGAUGUGCCUCACGGGCUCGCUCAUCGUCGUGAGGGUGACAAGGAUACAACAUGGGUGCAGGAGAUCAGCCAAGUCAAUCAGAUGACUCCAGAGAAGCUGGUCGAAGGAAUCAUUCAUCGACUCAUGCGAUAUCUUUACAUGUACAAAGUGGUUCAUCAGUUUUCGCUGGCCUAUGAGCAGUAUUUCAAGCAGUGGUGUAAUGUCGAAGUGUACACAUUCCACAAACUUGUCGUGUCCUAUGGAGAGAAUCGAGAUAUGCUCAUGGUCCUUGCUUUCAACGUCAAAUCUCAGAAUCCUGGAUCUCAAGAAGACUAUUUCCUGAUGAACUUUGGGCAGACCAUGCCACAUAGUCAGUUCAAUACACCUGAAGUCGAUUGGUUAAAGAAGCCGCGGUACAAUCCACAUGCAAUGAUGUCGCAGUUGUUGAGAGAUGAGCUCAAAAAGAACAACGAUCUCAUCUACAUUAUGCACUAUCUAUGCGAAACGAUUCGACCAUUCAUGGUCAUCGGAAAAUUUGGACGAAUUCGAUUUCAGUCACAGAAGUCGUUAUCCCAGUUGAUAGGACCUGAAGUCUUCUUCCCGUAUCGUUUGAAAUACCACCUGGCUGUUCUCGACCUCACCACGUUACGAUUGAUGCGAGGAAAUGUGAUUCUGGAGAUCAAAAUGCUCGAAGGACAGAAAGUGGCGGUUCGAGAUGUGUCACGAUACCGUGCGAGAUGUGCUGGACUCUAUCAGUUGUUUUCCAACAUUGACCCAGUAACCACUGAAAUCAUGUGUGAAGAACUAGAGAUCCCAGAAUCGGAUAACAAAAUCAACGCUGGUCCGACGAUGUGGAAACCAGAGCAAUUCAUGGAUGCAGUCGAUGUGCCACAUGAGGACGAUCCACGGAUGAAAAUAACAUCGCUGCCGAUUCUAAUGACUCAUGACACCAUCAUUAAAGCUUGUGACUUCCAAGAAAUUGAUGGUCACGUAACAUGCCCAUUAGAUGAAUACCUCUACUCAAUAUCCUACCUACAAAGAGCCCUCCUGACGCUGGAAAGAAUGUCUCCAAGAGCACAGCAGGGUCCAGCCAAUAACUUGUUCAGUGGAUAUGUGACUGUAGUAGAUGCGAAGCCAGACUAUGUCAGAUUCAAAGCAACACAGUUGAAUGGGGAUGGAACGAAUGCAACAGCAAUGGUUUACUAUAAAAUCUAUCUGUGUCCAGAGGCGAUGACGUUGAAAAUCCAUAUUGAAUACGACGAGGGAACGAACUCUGAAGCCACUCCAAAAAACUUGACCGCUCUGUCUACGUACUUUGAAAAGGUCGUUUUCCGUUGCGGCGACGAAUACGCACUUCAAUCGUAUGUUGUGAUGACCCGUGUGACGUCUUUCGGAGCCACUGCGAGCAUUGCGAACUUGAUGAAUGCACAAAUGGAUAUCUCGCUGGAAUCCAAAUGUUGCUUGCAACUCUCGCUGACCUACAACAACACGACGAGCAAGAAGUUGGCCCCAGCGACGAAGGUGGAUCAGCAGUUGAACAAUAUGAUUAUCAAUGUGAUCAUCAGCCAGAGCCGAAAAGCAGACUCAUUCAGUGUCCUCCGGUUUAUCUACAGGAUCAAAGAGUGGGUUAUCUGUUAUUCUUGUUUGAAAAAAUCGGAGGUCAAUUUCGUAACGGUCCCAUCAGAACUCAAUAAACAACUAAUUGAUGAUGUGAAUACCGAAGUGAAAACAACUGGAAAAUGCGCGAUCUGGGCACUAGUCAGCCUUGUAUCCGAUCGUUUCCGUUCUGGUGAAUGGAAUCCAUCGAAUCAAGAUGAACCGAUCAUCUCAACUGUGGCGCCUCCUGCACCUCAACAAUACGUGAAUCCACCAUCCGUCGCCCCUGGAUCAAUUGCACCUCCUGGAUCAGGUGCUCCACAGCAACAACAACACCAACAACAACCUCCUCCAUCUGUUAUGCAGCCCGGAUCAAUGAUGGGACCACAAUCAGUGAAUGCGCAUCAGUAUGGAAUGCACCGGCAGAUGGGUGGUCCUCCGUCAAUGCAAAUGAAUCCGUCCAGCGUUGGUCCACCGCCAGGAAGUGUCGGAAUGCCGGGAAGUGUUGGUCCAGGAAGCAUGAUGAAUCCGGGCAGUCAUCAGCAGCACAUGAUGAAUCCAGGAAGCGUCGGUCCGGGCAGUGUCGGUGGUCCAGGAAGUGUUAAUCCAGGAUCCGUCGGAUACCCUCCAUGGGGUCCUGGUGGCCAACAAUACCAUCAUCACAUGCAGUACCCUCCACAGUAG